AUGUAUACCGACACAAAAAAUUUGGCAAACCUUUGCAUCAAUCAAUCAAAUUCCGCCAUGAAAAUGUCAAACCACCAACAACAGCAACAAAUGUUGCUGCAACAACAACAAAGUGAUAAAUUCAAAUUGAAGAAAAUGUGGAAGCCCAUCCUACGCCUGAUGGCCCUGAAAUCUGCAAACUCAGCCGCCAAGAGCAAUCGUUCCAUACCAAAUAAUGUGAAUCUGAACAAUGCCCAGAUCUGCCACAGCACACCCAAGGAUUUAUUAUUCGGUGCCGAGCAGAGACUACAAGAAGUUGCUGAACAAAAAAUGCCCGAAUUGCGUUUGCCGGAAACGGAAGUAAAAGAAAUCAGCCCCCUUACCAGCACCUCCUCCGCCACCACCCACAAAGUCAGCAGCAAGGAUACCCAAGAAUUCAUUAGCCGAGUUAGUGUGGAGAAAACCCCCCUAAAUACCUGCAGCAGCGAUUGUGUCUAUGGUCGCAACUGUCAACAUUCGCAAUAUCACCAAAUGCAACAAUUGUCUACCUCAAACCUCCUGCUCGAUGAAGAUUUCAAUUUCAUCAAUGCCGAAGAUGGUUGCUUUGUUUGGUCCGAUAGCUCCAGCAGCAGCGGCAGCAACAGCGAAAUCGAUGAACAGCUGUUGCGCAAUUGGUAUUGGCAAAAUUCCUGGCAAUUUGCCGAAAAUGCAACCAUGUGUUAA